AUGAAAGAUAUUAUUGGUCUAUUAUCAUUAAAAAGAAUGAAAGAAAAAACUGAUCUCCCUCAACAUGCAUUUAAAAUGAUAUUCAAUGUGUAUGGAUUAAACCAAGAAUUAAUCAAAAAUGAAUACAUCAUGUUUAAAGAGAUUGUUAAAGAUUUAGAUGUUAACUUGUUAUUAAAGCUACCAGAACAAAUCCAUGCAGACUCUGAUGAAGACAACAUUCAUAGUGACGAUGAAGAAAGUGAUGGGGAAAUAGACAAUUAUAAGAACAUGGAAAGUUCAAUAAAUAUUUUUGAAACAAUGAAUAACGCCAACAUAAAAGCAGAAUUCAAAAACUUAUAUAAUAAAACUAAGCUUAACACUACCAACGUCUAG